UUCCAAGAAAAAUCUGAAGGAUGGAGUAAAAGACAAAAGCAAGAACUCUUGGAUAGAAUAAAAGAGUUAGAAAUCGAAGUAGAAAGGCUGAAAAAAUUAACUCCACAAGAACUAGUUGAUAAAGUGACUGCUUAUGAAAAAGAAAUCAAAUAUAAUUAUGAGACACUUUAUUUGUGUAUCUUUGUGAGCAGAGAUUGGUUUUACAUUACUGCACCAAUACUAUGGAAAGAUCCAUUCCAUUCAAAAAAUAGUGUGAAAACAAUGAUCAGGUGUUUAUCAAAGGAGUCAAAAGAUUUUUUUGUGAAAAAUAAUAUUGAACUAUCAUUUGAAGUAUUGGAUGAUGACAAACCAUUGCUAUGCAAUUAUUCAAAAUUUGCUAAUGAACUACAAAUGGAUGAUACAUCAUAUGAUAACAGUUUAAAUUUGAUUGAUGAAGAGAUUGAGGUGGUGAAGAAAGAAAAGUGGUAUUUGUUACUUAAAGAAUUAAUAAAAUUGAUUAUGACAAAUUCCAGAAUAGAAAGAAUUUACUUGCAUUGUUUGGAAAACUUUUUGUUGCUUGAACAACCCAAAUUUAACCAGUGUUUCUCAAAUCUUAAAGAAUUGGCUUGUGAUGAUAAUAUUAGUUCAGGAUUGUUUCAUUUAUUGGCACAAACUACUGAUCGAAUAGAAAUACUUGGUUUGGAAUUUUAUAAUUAUAAAUCAAAUAUGGGUUUGGUUGAUUUAAUUAAAGCACAGAAACACAUAAAGAAAUUAUCAUGUUUCACAUCCAAUGAUUCUGUACCUAAAUUAAUCAAAGAGGCAUUGUUACUUCAUGCAAAUAAUUUAGUGGAAUAUAUCAGUAUUGGAUGUUGUGAUCUGGAUUAUUCAUUGUCAGACUUUAAGAGUCUUAAAUCUUUAAAUAUGCAAAGAUGUAGUCUUGUUAAUGAUUUUGAUGAUAUUUUUGUUGAGAAUUUGAAACUUAAUCUACUAGAGAAAAUUAAUGUUAGUAUUGAAGGACAAGAUUGUGUAUAUACUUUGAGUAAAUUUUUCCAAUUGAAUGGCAAGAAUCUUAAAGUUAUUCAGUUUGAUGGGUAUCUAAAUGAUCCAGAAUUUUUGGAGGAAUUUAUUGGAUCAAUUGCGCAAAAUUGUCCAAACUUGGAAUACUUGUCAUUAAUUUAUGAUAGUUAUGUGAUAAAAGAUUUAUGUAAAGUUUUUAACACUUGUACAAAACUAAAAGGUCUAUCUGUGAAAAAGAUUGAUAUUCAACCAACUUUUGAAGAUUUAUUUGGUGCUCUGACAACCACCUUGCCACAACAAAUAAAAAUAUUAUCAUUUAGACAAAAAUGGUUACUUUUAGAUGAUGUUUUAGAGAUGUUUUUCAAAAAAUGGACUGGCUAUACACCAAUUCAUAUUGAACUUUUUAAUGGUUGUGAGGAAAUGAUUGAUGAUGAUAUUGACAAUGAAGUUAAAAUGAUCGAAUUGUUGACUCAAUAUAAAGAAAAAGGAUUAUUAAAUUUUAAUUUCUUUGAUUCAGUUGCAAAAUUUGAUAUUUUCUUGGAAUCAUUAUAA